GAUUGAUUUCAUAAUUUCUUCAGCGAGGUUUGUUUCUUCACGUCGUCGCCACACAGUGGUUGUCAUGGCAUCAGUGGACUUGUGGCAGAAAUUGUUUCGGGAAGGAAAAUACAGUGCUUGUUCUGCUGCUCUUCGCAAGAAACAAGAAAAAAUAUUACUGAAGGAGGAUGCAAAUGACAGUGGUCGACAUGCUUUGGUCUUGGCGAUAGAAAAUAAUCUCUUCGUUUGUGAUCAGCUGAGACAAGAUUGGGAAUCGGGAACUGAAGAAACUGUUUCGAGAAACUGGGCAAAGAGUUAUCGUGAGAUUAUUGACCUACAUAGUCGUGUGCGCUGUCAACAUGUUUGCUCUAAAUUACCGCUAGACUUGGUUCUCUCCGUAACCUGCAAUGUAAUGUGGUGGGGUGCCAUGAAAGUGGACCCAUGUGAUCAACAGUCCUAUCAGAGAGAAAUUAUCAAUGCAGCUAUUUAUUCGCUCAACACAGUAAGAAAGUCAUUUGGAGGACGUAAACCUACAGUACGAUCAUAUGAGCCAAUUGAAACUUAUUUCAUUGAUGCUGUUAAAGAUGUGAUUUCUUGUCUUCCAAAGCUCACAUCAACACAAACACAACUAUUUUUAGAGAUUGUCUGUUUAGGUAUUUUAUCCUUCUUAGAUAACUAUGAAACCCUGCAGGAUAAAGAUGCUGAAUUUCAAGAAAUGAUUCUUAGUCUUAUUGAUAUUCUACCUCAAGUAAAGCUACAUUUAUCUUAUGAGAUUACAAACUCUUCAAAUUUUGAAAUUCUUCUAAAAUUUGGAUGGAAAGAAAUUGCUGAAUUUUUAAGUGAGACCAGCUUUACAACCAUCUCUGAAACCCUUUUGAGCACAGUAGCAGUAUUUUGCCUUAGAUGUAACUCCGAUAUGCUCAAUGAAAACAGUUCAAAAGCAUUACAGUAUCUUAAUUUAAUAGAUCGUAACAGUUUAGUUUUACCAUUUAUACAUCAUUAUCUGCAUGCAUUGGCCAAUUUUAAUAUUGGGAACCCUGAUGCAAGUUUGUACCAUCUUCAGCGUGCCCUUAUGUCUGGUACUAGUUUCUUGAUGCAAGCACGUUCCAAAACAUUGGAAGGGCAAAUUUUGCUCUCUCAGGAAAAAGCCUCUGUCGCGCUUGAAAUUCUUCAAUCUGUUCAGUAUAAACACAAAGAAGUACAGUUACCACUGUGUGCUUUCCUCAUUGCAAGUGCUUAUCAGAAGCUUGGAAAAUUCAAACAUCAAAUUGAUGUGUUGAAUCUACUCUUUGAUUGUUUAACAGCCAAACAGGCAGUUAAACCAAAACUCGUCUCACCCCUGGCUGGCAUUCAACAACGGCUUUUGCUCAGUGUGCAUCAUCAACCUGAAAUCAGUGCUGAAUAUGUUUUACAAACUAUUGCAAUGGCCCACUUUUCUGCAGAGCAACCAAAGGAAGCAGCUGAAAAUUUUUGGAACUUGUCUUGUACAGAGGACUCAUCUGUCAGGAAAUUAUUAGAACUCCUUCAUGAUGCCACUUGCGCACUCUUGGAAGCUCACUGCAUUGAUGAUGCAGAGAGAUUGUGUGAGGCUGCUUUGCAGUUUCACUCAACCAGAUUGGACCUGGUUGAGUCCACCAGAUGUGAUUUAAGUGUUCUCAGCGAGGAUGUCAUUGCCUUGAUGUUGCUUGGUGAAGUAAAGGAUUUGCAAAAGUCGUCUGAUGUUUCCGAAAUACUGAACAGAUGUGCAAGGUUGUUACAAGGCUUGGUGGACAAACUAAACAAGUCAAAGGAAACAUGCAAUAAAACUCUUUCCAUGGCAAGGGCAUUGCUUGCUCGAGUGUUCUUGCACAAAGCAUUGUUGAAUGCAAGCAGAAAAUUUGAUGAUGAUUCUAUAGCUUGCUUUCAAAGAGCCCUUACUUGGAAUGAUGGUGACACUGAGAUUAUCUUAUACUUUGCUCGCUUCCUGUUGGAUAGGGACCAACAUGAAGAAAGUUUGGCUCUCUGGAGAAUGUUUAAAGAUGCAAAACAAUCAUUUAAGAUACCUAGUAGUGUUACCCUCAACCAUCUACUUGGGGACAAAAUGACUCGAGACGACAGAGAGGAAAUAAUGUGUCGACUGGGGUCUCUAGAAACUAUGUAAACUUCAAACUGAGAUAUUAUAGCAACUGCCCAUUCCCAUUACCCAUUGCCAUAAAGUCAUACACAAUCAUGCAAAAAUAAAAUAAAACAUUGUUUAAAUUUU